UGAAGGCAAAAGUAGACUGCAAGCUGCGUUUCGGUUACGCGGACAGUUUCCCCGGCUUCCCCACCUACACGUCUCGGGCAUGGAUGACGGUAGACGUGACUACGAUCUUGUUUGGAAAAGAGAUCACUGACGUGCAUAAUAUCCGAGAUGAAUGGUCUCAGGAUCUGGAGGAGGUGGGACGACUACCUCAUCCUGCGAACGAGUGCGAAAGACAGCUCGAUCCCAAGGAAUGACAACCUGCGAGUGGGGGGCCUAUCGCUCAGAAUAGAUCCGAUAAUUCGCCCGGGUGAAUCACCAAAGCACUGCUCCUAGAUCCAUUCCUCGUUCUGUUGCACCGUACUUGCCUCAUAAGUGGGACUAGCUGGAUCGACUCACUCUGAAAUCACGAGCUUUGCUGAUCGCCAUGCCGGGGCCGCAGCAGAACGGGACUGAGGCUAUUUCCGCAGGUCAUGUGUCCAUGAUGAAUGAUGUUUUGAUCUCACAGCUAUCUCCAGAUGUUCUUCGGGGUGUGGUACGGACUCUGCUCGGAGCCAACCAUACCAAUGCGUCUCUAUUCACCUCUGUGACCCGAGCCUACCUCGAAGCUCAUCCUCCAACUAUUCCCGACUCCUCUGACCUGUUCCCGACUCCCUUUGAUGCUUCAAAUAUCACUCAGGAGCCAACCGAAUGCCUCAAAGAGACACUCCGAGAAGCUCGAAUCCGAUUCUCUGCGCACAUGCUCGGUCCCGCACUCCUGCUCCUGGCCAGUAUCCCUCGGGCCAUGUUAACGAGUAACGUGUUCAUACGAGACACCCCCGGACCACUAAGGGAUACACUUGUCUACGCCGCUGGCGAUAUGGCUCAGGCUGCUCAAGCUCUCAAAGAAAGUGGAGAUAGGUCUAUCGGAGCGCGGGGUGCUUUAGUCACUCUCGUUCGGGAUCUCUAUUAUUAUCAUCAGGUCGUCCAAAAGGAGCAGUCCCUACGACCGAAUGACAACAUUUUCAAUCCCUUAGAGCGGGCCGUAGCGCAGACGAUCGACACGCUGUGGUUCUGUUUCCCUGACCACUCUGGGAUCCCAUUCCAAGAACCAGAAUACACAAAAAUGCACAAUAUCAGACGGACGAAAAAAGCUCUACAGACCACCCUAUUGGGUCCUAUCAAAGUCCCUCGAUUGUUUUACGGUCUAUGGCAAUUGUCGAGUCCGGCAUGGGGAACGAGCAGCUUGGAAGACAUCACACAGGCCAUGUCGAGUCUUGCGUCCCUGGGGUUCAUAGCGGCUGAUAUGGCUGACCACUACGCCGAUGCAGAGAUUCUCUUUGGAAACUUUAGAAAUCACAUCAUGUUCCCUUCGACUCGUCCGGCUCUGAUCUGCGCGACAAAGUACUGUCAGUUCGCACCGGUCCCCUCGACCGAAACGAUCGAUCGGGAGUGGGUCCUGGCAAGAGUCCAAGAGCGAUCCAAUCGAGUCAAGGGCGUCGUCGAUUUGCUCCAAGUUCACUGGCAGCAUCUCAGCGACAAGCGGUACCUUGACGUGUUUGUGCAUCUCGUCCAGAUCUCUCAACGUGAUCCAGAUCUGUUACGUGCAGUCGGUCUCUGUAAUUUUGAUACAAAGACCAUGGUGGAGAUCUGCGAACAUCUCAACAAAACCAUUGGUCAAGAAGCCGGUAUCGUCUCGAAUCAAGUACAAUACUCUCUCAUUGAUCAUCGUCCGAGAUUUGGUAUGGCACAAGCGUGUAUAAAGUAUGGAGUCAAAUUAGUGACGUAUGGGACUUUCUGCGGUGGCUUUCUAUCGGAUCGGUGGGUCGGCAUGGAUGAGCCGAGCGUGUAUAAGGAUGGGUUCAAUACGUCUCAGCGAAAGUAUCUGGACAUGAUCAAAGCAUGGGGUGGAUGGGAGCUCUUCCAAGAACUACUGGAGACCCUAAAAGGCAUUGCAGAGUCGCACAAUGUCAGCGUAGCCAAUGUAGCAGCGAGAUGGGUCUUAGAUCAGCCAGAGACAGGGGUAGUGAUCAUUGGAUCUCGACUCGGCGUCACUUCGCACGACGAGGCAAAUCUCAAGAUUGAUAGCUUUAGAUUAUCAGACGAAGACAUGGCCGCUAUUGAAAAGAUCUUGGAAAGGAGUCGCGGGAGACAAAUGUUUGAACAGAUUGGAGAUUGCGGAGCCGAAUACAGAUGAUGAUAGAUCGAUCAUAUUGCAUCGCGUC